GUGUAACAUUAGGGAGUAGUUCUCUCUAUUCGUUUUCUUUUUAUCUUUUAUAAUUUCAGUGGUUAUAUCAGUUUUACAGAUUUUAUAUACAUAUUACAAAGAACUAUAAAUAUUUUGUAACAAAUUUUUGGGCUUAACAUAAAAAGAAAACCUUAACAGUAUUAUAAAUAGAUGGAAAGAUUGGAGUAGGAAAAAGUAUUACAUUAAGUCAUAUAUUGCACUAUGCCUUUAUGCAGAGAUAUGUGCUUGUUCAUAUAUAUUGGGCUGCACAUUGGUUUAAGGAUACAAAGGAAGUCGCGACGUCAGUGCUGUCCCCAGGCUGCAUGGAUCUACCGAUUGAUGCUGGAUUGUGGUUGAAACAUUUCAAAUCUCAAAAUUCAAAACUGCUUUCGCAAUUGGAUCUGAAAACGUCGAAAGAUUAUGUGUGGAACCAACGCGAAACGACUUUGCAAGGUACACCUAUCUUGGAACUCGUAGAGUUUGGCUUGAAUCGCAUCAAGUACGCUUGUGGCGUAGUAGACGCGCUUAUAAGAGAAUUGAAACUCGCUAGUACAGCCGGAAAGUGUAAGACAAUAGUCAUGAUAGAUGGAUUCAAUGCGUUUACAUCGAGUCAUACGCGUAUCCGCGAUGAUAAUAAAGCGAUGGUUCUGCCUAAGCAAGUAUCAUUGGCGAUACCGUUUUUUGAUAUCACGAAAAGUGAUUGGUGUAAUGGUGCAGUCGUAAUAACAGUAGACCAAACGGCAAAUAAGGAUAGACGAGAAUCCUACUUUCCUAGAUAUCUGCUUGGCAAAGAAGGCUUCGAGCACUUGGAUCCUUUUGUACCCGUUUUAGUUGAUGAUUACAACAUCGCAGAAUUCGAUAGCAUGAUAGAGUAUUAUAAGGAUCGCAAAUGGAUCAGGAACAUAACAGCUAGUAGUCAGAGAGAAUUAGAACUAAUCACUAAUAGAAAUCCGUUCGUUUUAAUGGAUCAAUGUAAAUUUUUAUAAAGAUCUUAUGGGGUAAUUGGAAGAUUUUUAAGCAAAAAAUAUUUUUUUUUUGUGUCAGUUUAUUAACAUAAAAUGCAAUUAGUAGUAAUACAAUAUAUUAGUAAUAAUAUGUAAUAUGAGACACAGUCACCAUUAAAGUAUUUAUUUUAAUAUAUAUAUAAUAUAAAAAGAAGUUAUAACGUUAUAAUAUAUAUAAAGCAAUAUAUAUACAUAUAUAUAUAUUGCUCAAAUUCUUUAAAAUAAAAUUGCUCAGUAUGUGAGUGCAUCAUAAAUUUAGCAAUAAAAAAAAAACAUGAAACAAAAUAAUUUAAUUUUCCAAAAUAAAAUUAUGUGCAUUAACUUAAAUAAUAUAAAAUAAAUUUAACAUAAAGAGUGUGUUAUUAAAGAAUAAUAUUAGUAACAAACUAUCAUCAGCUAUCGAUUAUGUUAAUAGUUACCUUUGCCACUCAUUAUUGCACAUAAACUA